GAUGUUUGCUGGUGCCGGCUGGUGGGGUCUGUGAGGGAGCGGGAACGAGGCCGUAGUGACGUGUAGCGUUGAGGAGUGGAGGCCGCUGGAAGCGAGUAGCUGCUCAGAAACAUUAUGUCAGAAGGGGACAGCAGUGGAGAUGCCAUUCACGGGAAACCAUCAGCAAUCAGCAGAUUUUUUACGCAGAUUGGACAGAUCUACCAGUCCUUCUUAGACAAGUCCACACCCUAUGGCAUUAUGCGAUGGAUUGUAACAUUUGUCUUUGGUGCAGUCUACAUGAUUAGAGUUUAUAUCCUGCAGGGAUGGUACAUUGUGACGUACGCCUUGGGGAUUUACCACCUCAACCUCUUCAUUGCUUUCCUGUCCCCAAAAGUUGACCCUUCACUAAUGGAGGAUUCAGAUGAUGGACCUGCUUUACCAACAAAGCAAAAUGAGGAAUUUAGACCAUUUAUAAGAAGGCUGCCAGAGUUCAAGUUCUGGCACUCUGCCACAAAAGGAAUAAUAGUAGCCAUGGUUUGCACAUUUUUCGAUGCCUUCAAUGUACCUGUUUUCUGGCCAAUCUUGGUCAUGUACUUCAUUAUGCUAUUCUGCAUUACCAUGAAGAGGCAGAUUAAGCACAUGAUCAAGUACAGAUAUCUACCGUUCACACAUGGGAAAAGGACGUACAAGGGGAAAGAGGAUUCUACGAAAGCAUUUGCCAGUUAGAAAAAGUGCUGCAUGGCACUCCUGGAUUAUCUUCUCCCCCUCCUCUUUACAUGUAAACAUUGGACAAUAAUCACAACCGUGACAUGACUAUUAUUAUCAUGUUUGCUCCAGGCCUUUCUGAAGUGUACAUUUUAGAAGGUGAUUUAGUUUUGAGAUUUUUUUGGCACAGAGACAGUGUUUAUAAUAUGAUAUAUAUACACGCAGACGUUUUGUCCUGACCAUUUUGAUUUAAUUUAUAGGAUGACUUCAUUUAAAUUUCCCUUUAAUUGUAUUUCUUUUGCCAGUUGCUUCAACUGUACUUCCUCCUUUUCUCCUUUUUGUCAUCUGGAAAGAAAGAAAGAAUUAAACUAUCAAAUCAGUUCCA